AUGAUCAUGAUGGAUGACUGUCUUGGAAUGGGAAGCAUGUGUUUGUCUCUGACAUUUGACCUCCAGUUCUCCGACAUCGUGCACGCUCAGGAGCUGUAUAGCACUUACACUAUCAGUAACACCUGGGAGCCCUAUUUCGAAUCCAAGUGGCCCACUACUACCAUCAGCAACAACAGAUGGAAUGAUGGCAACAGGGGAGCCUCUUGGAACUACGGUGACAACUUUGGCGGAGGUAACGAUUACCGCACCGAUCACACCAUCUUCGGCAACUAUGGUGUCACCGACAGUGUUUACAGUGGAAGCAACCCAAUCAAGCUGUGCUCUGGCACGCACAACGCUGAGUGCUCCGGAUAA